UUAAAUUGGAUGUGCUUAAUGUGAACCUCGCAGCAGUGUAGGCUGGGCUGUUUCCACAGUAUGACCGGUUCAGCUCUGCCUACUGCAGCCGCCGAAAGCUACUUCCGUUCCGCAGAAGGCGACAGGCAACAGCCAGCCUCGACUGUGGCGGAGGUCCAGACACAUUAGACUGGAUCUGGAGUUUGACUGAAGACUGCAGUAGCCCAUGUUCAGACCUUCACUGUCAGGCAGCAACACUGUGCAGCUCACAGAUGCACACUGUUGUAGUUUUAGGCAAUUUUUAAGUUGCGGCUCUUCUCCAAUCCAAACCGGAAUGUCGGAUGAGGAUUCCCGUGCCAGCACCAGCUCUUCCUCAUCUCCACCUUCCUCCAGCCAAAGCAGACAUCGGGACACACAGGGCAAGAAAAAACGGGAGAGUAAAGCCAGCAUGAGCAAGACCUCCAAGCUACUUUCCACCAGCGCCAAAAGGAUUCAGAAAGAGCUGGCUGACAUCACACUGGACCCUCCACCAAACUGCAGUGCUGGUCCAAAAGGCGACAACAUCUACGAGUGGAGAUCAACCAUCCUGGGACCGCCGGGCUCUGUGUAUGAGGGAGGGGUGUUCUUCCUGGACAUCGCCUUCACAUCAGACUACCCCUUCAAACCUCCAAAGGUAACGUUCCGCACGAGAAUCUAUCACUGCAACAUCAACAGUCAGGGAGUGAUCUGUCUGGACAUCCUGAAGGACAACUGGAGCCCCGCUCUCACCAUCUCCAAGGUGCUGCUGUCCAUCUGCUCCCUGCUCACAGACUGUAACCCAGCUGAUCCACUGGUGGGAAGCAUCGCCACGCAGUACACGACUAACAGAGCCGAACAUGACCGAACAGCCAAACAGUGGACAAAACGAUACGCCACAUAAACCCACAGGACACCAGUGGGAGGAGGAGGGUCGGGGUGGGGGGUGUUCUGUGUGACAGGGGUUAUUUUUAUCUCAUAUUUUUAGUACUUUGUUUUUUGCUUCCUGGUUAAGUUAUCUCUGUGAACAUGCUAAUAAAGGAACACAAUGGAACAUCUCA